GCGGCCCAGGCAGGCCGAGGCAGGCCCAGUCCGCGGUGCGGUCCAGUCCGCCGACGACCACCUCGCAGUGCGGUUCGCUCCGAUCGCGCCGUCCGGUUCGCGGCACUCGCGCUGCACUUGGAGACGCUGGGAGAGAUCGCGACCGCCGCCCUCUGGAUUUACGCGUCCUGCCGCCCCAGCUGUGCCCGGAGGUGGCAUGAGUCUGGUUACGGAGAUUCUCACCGGCUGAGUUGAAAGAGACAACAACACUGACCUCAGCGGCAUGGACAAUAACAACCUUGGAUCUGCCCCCUUCGCCACCGCCACUUAGGGUCGAGUCCGUCCACGUUGCGGGGGUCCUUGUAGCAGAGGUGCGCCGGGGCAGCAGCCUCCAGUGCCGCGACAAGACAACCUCCUCGACGACCUCCAGUCUUCGGUGGGCCGCGUCAACGGCUUGCCGAGCAGCGCCGUCAGCGGCGUCGCGCACAACAGCACCAUGACGUCGACGGGGUACCGGGAGGUGAGCCGCACCAUGACGACCCAGGCCACGGGGCAGCUGCCCAGCACCACCCGCGAGUACCAGAUCGAGUACCUGUCGCCCGCCAACUCCACCACGGUGCCGGAGGAGCGCGCCUCCUCGCCCAGCGUCUUCAACUCGCUGUCGGCCGUGCCCGGCGCCUACAACUCGGCCACCGAGUACUCGAGUGGCGUGGACCGCCACGGCAACGCCACGUCCGCCUACAAGACCAUGUCCUACGAGUACAAGAGCAGCACGGGCUCCUCGAACAACGCCAACGCAGCGCUGCUCCGCGAGACGGCGGACACGCUGAGCCAGGCGCGCGCCAUCACGGACCUCGGCCAGAACAACAUCGCCGAGCUGGAUACGCUGCUGGACGACCUCAACUCGGCGCAGCGGGCGGGCUUCAACCGCGAGUACCAGAUUACGACCACCACCAGCCGCGACGGAUACAGCGACCCCCGGCCGGCCCAGCACAUCAGCCGCUCGGCGCAGCGGUCCUCGCAGCGCUCGUACAGCGAGCAGCGCUACGGGUCCGUCAACAAGGACAGGCAGUCGCCCAGCCCCGGCCCCAACCGCCACCCCGUGUCCUCCAGCCUCGACAGGGGCAUCACCUCCGGCAUGUCCAGGGAGGUGUACUCCAGCUCCAGCAGAACGACGUCGCCGUCCCCGGCCAGGAGGGAGAUCCCGCCCAGCCCCUCGCUGGGCAGGGAGGUCGUCUCGCACCACGUCUACCGGUCUUACGACUCGCGCGGCACCGCGGGGUCCACGUCGACGUCCUCCACGACGCGCUACCGCGACGCCUCGCCACCCAGGGACCGCGUGCGGCCGGCGUCGCCGUCCAUGGCGCCGCUGGCGGGCGUGGGGCUGCCCGACUACCCCGUCACAGGGGCCGCCAAGGUGUCCACGCUGGUCCGCGAGUACGAGCGCAGGGCCAGCCGCGAGGAGCAGGAGGCGGCGCUCAGCCUCCGGAGGUCGCCCUCCCCCGCGCGCUCCCCGGUGCCCCGGCGGAAGGUGAUGUCCUCGACGACGACCUACAACUACAGCUCGACGAGCGCCAACCACGUGGACCCGCCGCGCACGCCGCCGCCGCACCGCUCGCCGUCGCCGGUGUCGUUCCCCAUGCCGCCGGAGCCGCUGUCCGGCUACGCGUACCGCCGCGACGAGUCGGCCAGCUACACCAACACCAGCAACACCAGGCAGCGGUCGCGGUCCCGGUCGCCGCCGCCGCAGCCCUUCCCCGUCCGCAACGUGCACACCUACCAGAUCGACAGGGUGGACCGCUCGUUCCGCGAGCCCGUGCUGCAGCCGCGCCCCUUCCCGACGCCCUCGCCGACGCCGCAGGAGGACCAGCGGCCGCCCAAGGAGCUCAACGAGCUCAUGUCCUCCUUCACCGAGACCGACAUGGGCCACACCAGCGUCCGGCAGCACGCCCUGGACCUGGAGCAGCGCGCCCAGCGGCAGCAGGUGCAGCAGCCGGCGCGCGGGCCGCCCACGCCGCCGCCCGUGCGCAAGGAGGAGCAGCUGGUGUCCAGGAACGUGGCCGGGCCGCCCGUGUACUACCCGCCCGGCGUCGAGAUGUUCACCACCAGGGAGGAGUCCUCGGCCCAGAGCGCGGGCGGCGGCUACAAGGGCAAGGCCAAGGCCAAGUACGAGUACAAGAUGAAGCAGCGCAGCAAGGAGUCCAGCAAGACCGGCAAGGCGGUGGUGCCCGUGUGCCUGCCGCUCUGCUGCGCCAUGCCCUGCACCAUCAUGUGAGCGUCCUCGUCCUCGUCCCCCACGACGUCCUCAAGGACGUCCCCAAGGACGUGGCCGUCAACCGCGACUCCGAGUGCGUCCGCGUGCCGUGCCGCGUGCCGUGGCGACGUGCUAACAUUAACAUUAAGGACUAGACUGGAGAGUGAGAGAAGUGAGCUCCGGAACCUCUUCGACGGAGGAGCUGAGUAAAUGGAGCAGUCCGCGACCCUCGAGCCUCGUCUGCCAAAAUCACGAGUUCGUGCCAUUUCGUGAUUUGUGGAUAGACCGAAGGGCUGGUUUUGUAGAAGUAUUUAUUUUUGAGAUCAGUCAGUGUUGACGUGCAUUAUUAUUUUUUCAUCGACAUUCUACCGCCUUGCUGCACAUUAUUGUAUCACGUACUAAUGUUUCCGAUUUGACUUAAUUUAGACUUAGUUCGUCUGUGGAUUGUUGUUCGUGUCAUCUGUCUAAGCUAGAGCUUUUUUCGUGUGUACAAAAAAGAUUGAAGUGCCAAACUGUACGUACAACGAUAACUUGCCAUGUGUACCUAUGUAUUAUCUCACUCCGUCUUUUAUUAACUGAUUAAACUUUUACAAAAAAAUCUC